AUGGAAGCAGUGAAUCUUACACAAAUGUCAGAAUUUCUUCUCUUGGGAUUAUCAGAGGAACCAGAACUGCAGCCCAUCCUAUUUGGCCUGUUCCUCUCCAUGUACCUGAUCACUGUGUUGGGAAACCUGCUCAUCAUAGUGGCUGUCAGCUCAGACUCCCACCUCCACACUCCCAUGUAUUUUUUCCUGUUCAACCUGUCCUUGGUAGACAUCUGUUUCACCUCCACCACCAUCCCAAAGAUGCUGCUGAACAUCCAGACAGAGAACAAAGCCAUCACCUAUGCAGGCUGCAUCACCCAGAUGUAUUUCUUCCUAUGCUUUGCAGGAUUGGACAACUUUCUCCUGACUGUGAUGGCCUAUGACCGGUUUGUGGCCAUCUGUAACCCUCUGCACUACACAGUUACCAUGACUCCCCAGCUCUGUAAACUCCUGGUUCUGGUGUCCUGGGUCAUGAGUGCUCUGAAUUCCUUGCUACAAUGCUUGAUGGUGUUGCAAUUGUCCUUCUUCACAGACUUGGAAAUCCCCCACUUUUUUUGUGAUAUCAAACAUAUAGUGCAACUUGCCUGUACUGACACCUUUCUUAAUGAUGUGGUGAUAUAUUUUUCAGCUGGGCUGCUAGGUGGUGGUGCUCUGGCUGGAAUCCUUUACUCUUACUCUAAGAUAGUGUCCUCUAUACGAGCAAUCCCAUCAGCUCAGGGGAAGUAUAAAGCAUUUUCCACCUGUGCAUCUCAUCUCUCAGUUGUCUCCUUAUUUUAUGGUACGAGUCUAGGCGUGUAUCUCGGCUUUACUGGUACCCACAGCUCACAGUCCAGUGCAACAGCCUCAGUGAUGUACACUGUGGUCACACCCAUGCUGAACCCCUUCAUCUACAGUCUUAGGAACAGAGACAUAAAGGGGGCUCUGAGAAGAUUACUUAGGGUGGCAGCUAAAAAAGAACCAUUUGUCCUAGGGCUGAGGAAAUGCACAUGA